AUGUUUCUUUUCCUUUUCAAAGGCCAGCGACUGGGCUUUGACGGGGAUAGCGCGGACUUCUGGAGUGACAAGUUCACUUCUGAUGCGAGUGACAUUUCUGAAGCAGAGUCUGCACAGCGGGCGGAUGGAGGGUCAUCACAAAACACCAUGAGAAGCGUCGCUCUCCUGGGGAAGACGGGGGCUGGGAAAUCAUCCUUUGUCAAUGCCAUUAGAGGCCUGGGUGACGAAGAGGAAGGUGCUGCUAAAACCGGGGUGGUGGAAACGACCAUGGUACCGACUUCUUACCAGCUUCCCAAUCAGCCCAAUGUUACAAUAUGGGACCUGCCGGGGUUUGGGUCGAAGACACGUCAAUCAGACAUGGACCUCGAUUUCUUCAAUUUGAGCCAAUACGAUGCGUUCCUCAUCUUUUCCUCCCAUCACUUCACAGCCACCCAUGCCGGCCUGGCCCGGAAGAUCCAGCGAGCAGGGAAGAAGGUUUAUUUUGUGCGCUCCAAGGUGGACAGGGAGUUGCUUGCUGCCCGGAGGAAUCGGCCUUCUACCUAUAAUGAAAAGCGAAUUCUGCAGCAAAUCAAAGACAGCUGCAUGAAACGCUUGCAGGGAGAAGGGGUGACUUCCCCGCAGGUUUUUCUCCUGUCUAACUUUGAAUAUGGCCGACACGACUUCCCUCUCCUAGAGGAAAUAUUACAGCAAGAAUUUGGGAGUCGUUUGGCUGGCUGAGCUCUUGUUCCCCAAAAAUCUUGUGCAAGGAAAAAGCAGCCAUGCAGAGUCAGAAAGCAGGGCCAUCCAGGGGUGGGGGGGGGCAAGAAGGUCCUUCACUUGCUCCGAGGGUCCCUGGAAAAC